UAUCGUCACUAAACUGCCCACGUCUUAAAUCAUGAUUUCACUCUGAAAUCCCAACCUCUUCUCCCCAUUCUUCCUCAAUCAUCUCUGCAUUAUUACAUACUGUUACAUUCUUCAACACCAAUCAACAAAAGCUGCAAAGGAAGAAAUGGGCUCUGAUCAUCUUGCUACAAACUGCCUCGCCGCCGCCGGAGAAUCUGGAGAGAAUCAGAGAAUCUCCGGCGUUGAUGGGCUGCACCACUCCACCACUAAAUCGGACAGCUUCGUGAUCGAUAUGGAGAGGUUUUCGCAUCUUAUAGAAAAAGAUUCCAAUUCUACAAAUUCAAGACUCACUAGAAAUCUUUCAAGGAAGGGAACGAUGAGAAUCGCAGAAAGGAAACUCACCGAUGUUAGUAUGCUUGCAACUUCACCAAAAGUGUUUCAACCAAUCAAAUUGCAGAAAAUGAGAAAAUGGAAUAUUUCUGCCAUUGUGAUUAUCUGGACAGCUACUUUCACGCUUGAAAAGCAAGGGGUGGUGGUGGAGGCGGGGGCCCACGACCACUCGGUCCCGACCCAAGUCAAUCACCAGAUCACCAUCACCAAUGGCGGCAUAGCCACCACGGCCGCAGCUGCUGAAACCAAGAGCCCAUUCGGCUUCCGCCGCUCAUCUCAUACAUGGACUGUUGAUCCUAGAAGAAUACUCUUCUUCUUUGCAACACUGUCAUGCAUGGGAACCAUUCUACUUAUCUAUUUCACCUUAUCAAUCGGUAAGUUCAACGGUGAAGCUCUUAACUAAAAUAAACAUAUCAUUUUCAUUGAUAUUUUGAAGACAAGGUUUUAUGUGGCCACGUGGAGAGAUGCAAAAACAUAAAGAAGAAACAAAGAGUUAGAACUUUUGGCAGAAAGAGAUCACAUUAGAUUCAGUGGAUUUCACUUUUUUUUUUCUCAGAGUUUACAAUCAAACAUGUGUAAAGAGUGGGCAGCAGCAACAACAGAGAGGAUAGAAAGUCAUAUGAUGUGUAUACCCUUUUUAUGUUAGUUUAGUAUCUUGGGAAAAUGUAGUGGAGCCUCAGAAAAAAGAAGCAGCCUUUUUUGCUAAA